GAAGUUUCAAGGGAUAAACAUGGCCGUCGUCGGUUUGCUUUGUCUUGUCUUGGAGUGAUGAAUGCUAAGUGGUGGUGGUGGUGGUGGAUGACGACUACAAGAAUUCAGCUUUAUCACACUUACACGGAACCCCUCUCUCUACUACUUAUCUACACUCUCAACCUUCCACGAAGAUCCCAUUCAUUUACACCUUCUCCUUCCUCCAACACUCUCCCUCCCUACCCUUUAUAGAGACGAUAACGUUUUGCUGCUAUCGGAAUUCCACUCUUCUUUUACUAGGACUCGUCUCCCACUCUCAAGGCUUUGUCUCCUCUUGAUCAUAUAAGGUUUCAUUUAUGGACAGUUCUAGAGAAGUGGUAAGUGGUUGGGAGAUCUUACAAAGUAGAGAUGUCCAUCGCACACCAAGGAACACAAGCUUGUUUUCUAGCUCAUUACCUGUUCAGGUUAAAUAUGCAUGGUCAGAGUAUAGUGGACAAUCUGUUGAUGAUGGCUUGCCAACCUAUGGAAAACUGCAUCCAGAAUAUAAUGAGUCACUUGAAGAAAUUGAAAUGAGUGAUGUUGGAGGUUUGCUUCCUGAUGAUGAACACGAGCUUUUAGCUGGUGUGGAAGAUGAUUUUGAUCUAGCAUGGUUGCCUAGGCAGUUGGAGGAUUUAGAAGAUGAUCUGUUUUCUAGUGGUGGGGGAAUUGAGAUGGAUCGUGAACCACAAGAAAGCCUAAGCACUGCUAUCUCAAAAUUAAACUUUUCGGACAGUUUAUCUACACAUUCAAUAUGUCAUUAUGGUGUUUCAAAUAAUGUGUCGGUAGCAGCUGCUGGUGAACAUCCAUACGGGGAGCAUCCUUCUAGAACACUAUUUGUUAGAAAUAUCAAUAGCAAUGUUGAGGACAGUGAAUUGCGAUCUCUAUUUGAGCAAUAUGGAGAUAUUCGGAGUUUGUAUACUGCUUGCAAACACAGGGGCUUUGUGAUGAUAUCUUACUAUGACAUCCGUCAUGCUCGAAAUGCAAUGUGUGCUUUGCAAAGUAAGUCCUUGAGACGAAGAAAAUUGGAUAUUCAUUUUUCAAUUCCAAAGGAUAACCCAUCAGAAAAUGAAGUCAACCAAGGAACUCUGGUUGUGUUCAAUUUGGAUGUAUCUGUAUCAAAUGACGACCUUUAUCGCAUAUUUUGCGCAUUUGGCAUGGUCAAAGAGAUCAGGGAAACACCACAUAAGAGGCAUCAUAGAUUCAUUGAGUUCUAUGACGUAAGAGAUGCCGAGGCAGCCCUCAAAGGUUUGAAUAAGACUGAAAUAGCUGGGAAGCGCAUAAAGCUUGAACCAAGUCGACCUGGUGGGGCCCGUCGGAGCUUCAUGCAUAAAACAAGUCAGGAUCUGGAGCAUGAUGAUGCUUUUCCUUUCCGUCAUAUUGUAGGCACACCAGGAGCAAUAUCACCUUCAGCCGUGGCAGGUAAUUGGCCAUAUUAUUGCAGUUCUGUUGAUUAUUGUCCUUCAGAAAGCCAUUAUCUUGGUUCAGGAUCUCUCAGCCCGGGAUUGGCUUCCAUUAUACCAUCUUGUAUUUCAGACCCAAUGAAGAUUUCUCCAAUGGUUAAGGAUCAUAGGGACUUAUUACAUGUGAAUAAUUCUAGAUUACCGGGAAUGGGAUAUCAGCUUUCUUACUCAUUUCCUGACCAGAAAUUAGGGUUCAGUCCUGGACAAGCAUCCUCAUUUGGUGAAUCAAAUUAUUUUUCAUCUAGCUUUGAAAGACUAUCAAGUACUUCUUCUGGAUCAAUAUCGUUAACAGACCAUUUAUCUACAUCAAUCGGAGAGGGUCAAAAUUUUCUGUAUUCAGAUCAGUAUAAACCAAACAUUGGUUCAAAUCACCUUCAUCAUGUUGGAUCCGCUCCAUCUGGUGUUGUUAGCGAAAGGCAGAUUGGUUACGAGAUGAAGCAGUUCCAGAUUGAUUUGGAUAAGAUCAGAAGUUGUGAAGAUACUAGAACAACUUUGAUGAUUAAAAAUAUUCCAAAUAAGUACACUUCAAAUAUGUUGAUUGCCGCCAUUGACGAAAAUUUCAAGGGAAGUUAUGAUUUCUUUUACUUGCCAAUUGAUUUAAAGAAUAAAUGCAAUAUGGGUUAUGCAUUCAUCAAUAUGAUCUCCCUGUCACAUGUUAUUUUCUUUUAUGAGGCCUUCAAUGGGAAGAACUGGGAAAAUUUUAAUAGUGAAAAGAUUGCUUCAAUAGCAUAUGCAAGGAUUCAGGGAAAGGCAGAACUUAUUUCCUACUUCCAGAAUUCCAUCCCAGUUUACGAAGAUGGACAUUGCCGAUCAAUUUUCUUCCAACCUGAGGAGGAUCAAGAAACUAAUGAGGUACAAUUGCUCAACAGCAACAACAAUCUCAGCCACGAUUACAUUCAUCAUAAAAUCCCCCCGAUGAAUAGUUUCAAUGCGAAGAAGAAUGACAAGAUAAAUCGAAUGCCAGUAUUAUUUUAAGGUGUAUAAAGAUUUAAAUCAAGCAUGCUGCCUGUUAUAUGAUGUUCAUAAAUAAAUUGUUUGUACAAAUAGUUGAUGUCUGUUUAUAAAUUUCGAUCAGACAAGCUUUAAGGAGACCAAUAUUCUCCUGUUUGUCUAUCUCUGUAUAUAUUGUGUAUAAUUUUUUCUUUUGGAUAUUUGUGGUUAAUUGUAAAUAUAAUAAAUUCUCUAUGGGCCUAGAAUCAAUGAAAUAUAUUAGAUUC